AUGGCCAAUGCCCCUGAACAAUCUUUGUCACUUUUGGUGGUGACCUUGGUGUUAUGCAUCACGUCCACCACAUCCUGGGCUGCACGCACGGUCGACAGCCACUUGUCAUCGGUGGACCUACAACGUUUCCAAAAUGUAUUCUCUGCUGCGUUCUCAUCGAACGAUUUGCAAUCCAUAUACUAUGCCACCCUCAAUAUUGAGCCGACCAAACCCGAGGAAAAAAAGGAAUUGUGCCAGAAACUCAACCAGUUCUACCAAGAAUCUAAAUUGAAUGAAUUUGAAAAAGAUUUCUACUUGAUUGGAAUUAGCAAGAAUUUGAAAUGUACUGAAAAAUUGCCCGAACAACAGCUGUCGAAAAUUUAUGCCGCUUUCAAGAGUUCUGCUGGUUCGGCCCAAGAAAUCUACUAUCGUGUGGCCACUCACAAGUACUUGGGUGUGGAAAUUGACGAUACCACCAAGGCAAAGAUUGUAAAAAAUUUGCAAGACAUUUUGAAAAAGGACGAUACUCUAACCAAUUUGGGCUACUCCUUUAAUGUUGCCUCUGAACUCGGUCCCUCAGCUUCCUUCGUUGCCGAACGCAUUGAAGAUGCCAUUGUACAAGCUGAUGAGGUUGAUGGCAAACUUUUGCAGUUCGAAGGUGGUUUGACCAUUACUUCGUUGAUCAUUAAUGGCGCAUUCAAGGCCUCCAAAACCUUUGGAACUUCCUUGCCCAUCGAUGCAAAUCAAGCUGUUAAAUUUGCCAACUAUUUCCUCUCUCGUCGUUCGGUACAAACUGCCAAGGGUGCCCAUGUUCUUAUUGAAGCAUUAAAGACUCUAUCGUCUGCAUCUAACAAAGUAUCUCCAAUCUGCAUUCAAUUAAUUGGAAAUGGCCAGCUUGUUGCAGAGACACCCGUACUUACCAUUGCCAUCGUUGACCUUUUGGGUAAACCCUUGUCACCAGCACCACAAACUGUUGUUGGUAAAGUUCUGCUAAAGAAAGACAAUUCCGUUUUGGCCGAUAAGGUUGCAUUUACCUCUAAAUCUUCGGAUAAGACCACCUAUGUCGCUAAUCUUGCUACUUACAAACCCAGUCGUGCUUUGUAUGUUGCUGAAAUUUCCGCUGACUCAAUCUACACUCAAAAGUUAAAUUUCAAAGUGUUAGGAAAAGUGAAGGUCCAACAAUUGGAAAUUGGUGUAGGAGAAUUGGAUGCCAGCUCAGCCAUUAAAAAACAACCCGUCUCCUAUCCACAAAAGUUGAAGGAGCAAUUGUCAGGCGAUCACACUCAAAAAGUUAUUUUGAAAACCACAUUGGUUGAAGAAAGUCAAGCUACCAAGCCCAUAACCGUCCACCAAACAUUUGUACGCUUCUAUAAUGAAAAAGAAGACAAGGAGAUCAUUUACAUUGCCGAACAGGAUAGCUCCAAGGCUUACAAAUUUGACAUGGAUAUUGGGGCUAGAGCUGGAGACUUCAAUCAUGUAUCAGGAGUAUAUCAAAUCUAUUUGAUUGUCGGUGAUGCUUCAAUUUCAAAUUCAUUCCAAUGGUUGGUAGCAGAUAUUGAACUGAAAUUCCCUGCAGUCUCGAAAACAGAAGAAAAGAAGCAAACCGUACGCGCUCCCUUGCCAGAAAUUGAACAUCAGUUCCGCGUGCCUGAGAAGCGUCCAUCACGCAUUGUAUCAGAUGUUUUCACCGGUUUGUGCUUGACACCAUUGGUCUUGCUUUUGGUUUUCUGGUCGAAGUUGGGCAUAAAUAUUGGCAAUUUUAAUUUCCAACCCUGUGCAAUUGGAUUCCAUUUGGGCUUUGGUGGCAUUUUAGUUCUGUUCGCUGUGUUUUGGCUAAAACUGAACAUGUUCCAGACAUUGCGCUGGCUUAUUCCCAUUGCAAUAUUCACAUUCCUAUGUGGCAACCGCCUUCUACGUCGUCUAUACGCCCAGCGUAUAGCCAAAAAUCCAACAUCAUCAUCGGUCUCAGCGUCCUCGUAAAAUGAUGCUCAUUACAUUC